CACGAAGCCUGGAAGGUCUAACUUGGACAGGUAGUGGAGCGCCGGCUCUUAAGGUCCGCUGCCACAUCUCUGCCAAAUGAGCUGCACCAGAAUGAUCCAGGUUUUAGAUCCACGGCCUUUGACAAGCUCAGUCAUGCCAGUGGAUGUGGCCAUGAGGCUCUGCUUGGCUCAUUCACCACCCCUGAAGAGCUUCCUGGGCCCUUACAAUGACUUGCACCGAAGAAAUUUUGUGAACAAAUUAAAACCUCUGAAACCGUGUCUCAAUAUAAAACAGGAAGCCAAGUCACAGAGCGACUGGAAGCGCUCACACAGCCAGGCCAAGAAGCACGUCGUGUUUGCUGAUUCCAAGGGCCUGUCUCUUACUGCCAUCCAUGUCUUCUCUGACCUCCCGGAAGAACCGGCCUGGGACCUCCAGUUUGAUCUCUUGGACAUUAAUGAUAUGUCGUCUGGCCUGAAACUCCAUGAAGAGAAAACCUUGAUUUUAGAUUUCCCUCAACCUUCUGCUGAUUACCUAAGUUUUCGGAACCAUUUUCAGAAGAACUUUGUUUGCCUGGAGAACUGCUCUUUGCAGGAGCGAACAAUGACGGGGACUGUGAAAGUGAAAAAUAUGAGCUUUGAGAAGAAGGUUCAGAUCCGCAUCACUUUCGACAGUUGGAAAAGCUACACCGAUGUGGACUGUGUCUACAUGAAAAAUGUGUACGGUGGCUCGGAGAGCGACACCUUCUCCUUUGCCGUUGACUUACCUGCCGUCAUUCCAACUGAGGAGAAAAUUGAGUUCUGCAUUUCUUACCAUGCUAAUGGUCAGGUCUUCUGGGACAACAAUGAGGGUCAGAAUUACAGAAUUGUUCACGUGCAAUGGAAGCCAGAUGGGGUGCAGACAGAGAGGGGGUCCCAGGACUAUGCAUUCUAUCAGGUGCCUCCGAAGACUGAGUUAGAGUCAACAGUCUUUGGCAGUCCCAGGCUGGCCAGUGGGCUCUUUCCAGAAUGGCAGAGCUGGGGGAGGAUGGAGAACUUGGCCUCUUAUCGCUGAAUGAAGCCACCUGGUGACUGCUCUUCACCUGUCAUGUUCUCCGUGUAGUUCUAGGUCUGUAUUGCUCAGUAUUAGGAAGCCUGUGCUACUUUCUUCCAGUAGGUGUAAGUUUGAGCUUUUGAGACCUGGCUACAACAAGGUAGUCAUUUGAGCAUUUAGUUCUGGGAUCUGUAUGGAUGAUACCCAGUUUUCCUUUGAAGGGUCAAGUCACAGCCUGGAACGCUAUUUUUAUAAAAGUCAUGCUCUUUUUCAGUUCCCUUUCUCCAUCCCUCCCAGUUCACUAGCUUUCACUUUGGGUAAGGAAAGGUUGGGGAAGGAUGAUUGAUGGUGAUGGAAAGCUGUGGUAAUGGUCUGAGGAAAGUCUGAAAAGUGUAUACAAGGCUUUGCAGCUCGAGUCAGCAGGGGUGGGAGGUCUGAUAUUUAACUCGUGGUGAGAAAAUGUAAGGUUACUUGGUGUUUUUAAGUCGGUUUUACAGUGCUCUCUUGGGGAAAUAAUUUUUAGAGAGGAGAAAAAGGUCCAUUCUGUGUAUUCUUGUGAAGAAUAAACACACUUUAGGGGUAUUGGGUGGUAUUGGGGAAAGGUGCAUUAUAACUCUGCAGAAUCAAGAUGUGAAGUGAAGCCUUUCUGUUCAGAGAUGAUGUAUCAAAAACUAUGAUUUGGGGGAAAGUUUAAGCAAAUCGGACUUUGCAGUUCUGGUGUUCUUAGUGACCUUGUCUGUCAUCAAGGCAGCAUGCCAGCUUCUCAGUCUAGAAUGCUGUCUAACCCAAAAUCCCUGCCAUCAUCAGUGGCUAACCACUUGUGGGGACUCCACACAAUGUCAAGGAUGGCUCUUUGCAAGUGCCGUGACUCAACCAGAACAUUGUAGUCUCUUAACCCAAAUAUUUGAAUGGUCAUCUGAUAACUCUCAAGUGUCUGGCCCGAUAAGAAGGUCCACUCUGUAUACUGGCAUUCCUUCUGCAAUACCAUUGUAUCUCGAGAGUGUUGUCGGUGUAUACAACUCCCAUCCUUCAUAUUGAAGGUGACUCAUUUUUCCACCACACUUUUUUUGAUGUGAUGUUGAAAGUAAGGACUGACACUGAUUCUCGAUUCAAGAAUCCAGUACCUUGCUCAUAAAAGUAGCAAUCUGUUUCUUGCAUGUAUUUCUCUUGCUGUUAUCAGUUUUUCUACCUAAUUUACUUUAAAGUAAAAAUGUUUUUUUUUUUUUUAUUAGAAAUGUGGAUGUGACUUGUUUGGGAUGUGUUAUAGUAUAUUGUUCUGGAGUGUGUGCGAAUCCAUUCUGUAAGAUCUUAAGGAUGGGAGUCCCCUGAUGUUUGCACCUGUCUUUGUGCACAUCAUCAAGAGAUGUUCAGAGAAUGCAUUUAAUUUUAACACGUGUGAUCUGCCAUGCUGGAAAAGUACUGUUGGGAUAAUGCUGCUGUGACUGUAUUUGAGGUGUGGCUAGCACCCACCAUUUUUCAGCUCUAAGUAUUUCACUCUCCUUUAGCUAUCCUUUGUGGACU